ACCAAUCAGGACGGACGCACACCGCACUGCCCAUCUGACAGUCUCAAAAAUGGCGUUGAGGGAGCUAUCAUCGCUGGAGAAAUACCUGGGACUGAAAAAGCCUAACAAGUACAGUACUCAGGGGGACAAAAAGGUCCCUGUGCUGCAGAGUAAUAAUGGUGCUCCAGUGGCAGGCUUGGUGACCAUUGCCUGUCACCUGGUGAAACAGGCCCAGCGACCAGAGCUGCUGGGAGACUCUGCAGAAAGCAGGGCUGUGGUUCAGCAGUGGCUGGAGUACAGAGUUGCCAGACUGGAUGUCUGUACCAAAGAUGACAUCAAGAUCACCCUGAAGGAUCUCAACCUCUACCUGCAAGACAAGGUCUACCUGGCUGGCAACCAGUUCACCUUAGCUGAUAUUUUCAUGUACUAUGGAAUUCAUCCACUCAUAGUGGACUUGGCCGUCCAGGAGAAGGAGAAGUAUGUGAACGUGACGCGGUGGUUCGACCACGUUCAGCACUACCCCGGCGUCCGGCACCACCUGCCCCUCGUGGUGGUCCUCCGAAACAGAGUUUACACCAGUGGACACCACUGAGACCUGACCCGACCCGACCUGACCAGACUCACUGCAAGCUCUCCUGUCUCUCCUGUCAGACCUGGGCAAAUUCAUUCCCAAACACCACAGAAGCAUCAUAUCAUUUGUUCACAAGUCAAAGGUUUUUGGAUACAUUCACUCGUUUUUCCUCCUUUUUUGCCUGGUGUUUCCUGCCUUUUUUUUGUCAGCCCAGUCACACUACAGAAAAUUGUUUGAAAUAUGUCAAGGACUUGGACUAUACCUGAUUUCUUUGACUGUUUUUUUUUUUUUUUUUUUACUCAGCCAGGCGGGUCAAAAAAAAUUGGCCCACCAGUUUUAGUUACAGUACCAGGUACUAAAAUUGUCAUUUAUUACAUUUAUUACAGUUUUUUUCCAGACAUUUUAAAUGUUUUACUAAUGAUUUUGCCCAUGUCUGCCCUCGGUACGGGGCAGUGCCAUUGGCUGAUGCCUUUACAAAAUUGAGGAGCAAUGAUGUCAGAUAGCCGAAUUUCUGUUAAGUCUGUGUUUUUUUUGUGUGCGUUGGGACUUUGUGGGACUUUGUUUGGUGUUUUUUACAGCUGAGGAAGUUGUACGGGUAGCGGUGAAGCGCUGCUAGCUUGAAGAAAAGGCUUUUCUAUUUAUAAAUGGCAACAGGUUUAUGUGCCUGUCGGCGAUGGUCUUUUUUUUUUUUUAUCUGAGCCUCAAAUAUGGAAAGACUAGUAUUAAAAGUAUGAACAAGGCUUGUUAUGGAGUUAUUUGUUUUAGAGCACAUUAUAUUCCCAGGUAAAGAAACGCCCUCAUGCUACAUCAAUGCAUUGUCUCAAGUUACAUUAGCUAACAGCCACAGUGUGUCCAAACUAAUCUGGUUCCUGGUUCAAUGCCAUAACCCCUUAAUGACCACAGUCACUGUUAUUCCACAUCGCUCUGCCACCACUGCCAAGCCCCUGCCCUCAUGAAUCUAGUAUGUCUCUCUCAUCUUCUUGGCAAGGUUAUGUUCUUUGGGAAUGUCUUCCCCCUUAGGAUUUGAGGUGUUUUUGACACACAACACAUAUUCAUUGCCAAUGGGACGUAUCAGUUUUCCUGUGUUUUGUGUCUGUGUGUGUUCCUGAGUACAUCCCUGCUCCCUCUCCCACUCCUUCCUCACCACCAGUCGUGUGGGCAGCAGUGAGCAGUUAAGCGUCAGCCCCAGAGUCAGAGAUCAGAGUGAGGCUCCGAUCAGGCCCACCACCACCACUGUUGAUGCUGCAGGCCAGAGAGAGGGCAGCGGGCUCACCAGCUGCCACACAGAUCCAGCCAGCCAAGGCCAGAACCCAGGCCCUUGGGCGACAGUCAGCCACUGUGUGUCAUUUCAACCUCUGCAUUGCCACAGGGCCGCUGGAGACAGAGGGAGGGAGGGAGGGAGGGAGGGAGGGAGAGGGCAGGAAGGCAGAGAGAGAGAAAAAGAGCACCCAGAGGCCGGGGGAUCCUUUCAUGACACAACAUGCGAAUCAUGAUCCAUGCCUCAGAAGGCCUUACUGCUGCUGACUGUAUGUUCACCAUUAGAGCCAUUAACAGGGAGAGUCUUUGGCAGCGAAUGUUGAACCCAGUUGUAGCUGUGUGUUGAAGAGACUGAAGGCACAAACUGUGACUUAAUAUUAUGAACACUGACAACUUUUAACUGCAAUGGUGUUGUGUGGUAUUUCCUUGUCAAAGUACAGUAUCAAACAGUGAUGAGGUGUGUUAGUGGAAACAGCAGGAUGAUGAAACACUGCACUUGGUCAUAUUUAUUGUCACAAUCUGAUCUCAUCUUUGCCUGCUUGUGUAUCAUAACCUCUCAAAAGGAAUUGUGAAGUCUGAACCAGCUGUACUGACAGACUAAACAUGGCUCUCAAUAGGGAAUUAUUGAACAAGUGUAGACCUGUGGUAAAUUCAUACCUUUGUUACAUGAUGUUUUUGUCUUUUGCGUCAAUUUUUGCUGACAGUUAUACUCACUGUCGGCAUCAUUUCAGUGCUUUCGUUUCCACUAUGUUUUCAAUUUCUUCCCUCCCAGCAGGCUUUGCUUGUCUUAUCAUAUCUGUUGCUUGAAGCUGCAGUGGUUUUUGUUAUCUGCUGUCACCAUGAGGGUCAUCUUGUGCCAAUAAAUCAAAGGGAAACAGA